UGACUCAUUGUAUACAAAACUGUAUCAUUUAUUUUGUACAGUGAAUAGUACUAAUUAAUACUGAGACAAAAUCAAAAUGACUCAUAUGAAAUCCAAAGAUACUAUUCUUGAAACAUUAGAACCUCAGGUUCGUCUAAAACAACUUAUAGACUAUAGCAAUCAGGUAGAGGCAGAUCCAAGAGUCCCUCCUAUAAGAUUGAUAUAUUUAUAUAGGUAUUAUCGUUCUGGACAAGAAAUGAUUAGGAUGGCUAAUGUGUAUUAUAAAGAAGGUAGCCUUGAAAAUGCAUAUGUGCUGUAUUUAAAAUUUAUGACCUUAUUCCUCGAAAAAAUCAGAAAACACCCUCAGUUUUCAAGUGUUGCUGUAAAUGUCAAGGCCAAAAACCAAGCUACUUUAAGAGAAAUAUUACCAAGAGCUGAAAAAAUUAAGCAACAACUAUUGGAACAGUAUACAUCAGAUAUUCAACAGUAUUUAGCAGAAAAAAAAAAACUUGAGAACGAGUUGAAACGAUCAGAAGAACAAAAUAAACUAUUAGAUCAACGCACAUCAAAGAGUACAGCUUCAGGAUUGUCGGGAACUAUAAGUAUUGUAAAAGUUCCAGAGAAUUUAGAUAAUAUUGCUUAUCCAGAGAGUAUUUCUCAUAUACCUCCUGUACCACCACCUUCGACUGUUGCAGUACAUAAAGGAUUUGAGGUGCCUAAGAUUGAUAGAACAAAAAAACCUUCAAAUAUAUUUAGAUAUGAUACUAAUAUUCUUAGACCUGUCAUAGUACCAGUGCAAGUUAUGACUUUAUUCCAAGCUAUUGCCCAGUCUAAUACAUUUAAAAAUAUUGAAACCUGUGGGGUACUUUGCGGAAAACUGGAAAAAAAUGAACUAAUUAUUACACAUAUGAUAUUGCCUAAACAAAAAGGAACAUCUGACUCAUGUUGUACCACUAAUGAAGAAGAAAUAUUUGAAUAUCAAGAUGUUCAUAAUCUUAUUACAAUUGGAUGGAUUCAUACACAUCCUACUCAAACAGCAUUUCUUUCUAGUGUAGAUCUUCACACACAUUGUCCUUAUCAAUUACUGAUGCCUGAAGCCAUUGCCAUUGUGUGUUCACCCAAGUAUAAUGAAACUGGGAUAUUUAUUUUAACUCCUAAUUAUGGUUUGAAAUUCAUUGCAAAUUGCAACCAAGAUGGAUUCCAUCCACAUCCAACUGAUCCACCACUUUUUACAGAAGCCGACCAUGUUAGGAUAGAAAAUAAUGCAUCGGUAGAAGUGUUGGAUCUACGGAAGAAAUAAACUUGAACUGCCAAAGAGCUUUUUUAUAUGAAUUAAACUGCUUCUAAUGAUUUCAAAUACUCCAGUAUAUCUUGGUAUUUUUGAAAUCGAGACUUGAAUAUGUAUAAAAUCAGAUUGCUUCAUUAUAUGUUUAUUUAUUUAAUAAUAAAGUUUAUAUUUGUUUUUUA